UGAGUCCGUUGAUGACGUCACAGAACGUGAGUUCGCGGCUGUCUUGGGCAAAGAAGCCGAUUCUCUAACAACUAGGGAAUCAUGUCACGCAAAUGUCAUUAGUGCUACUAUCUAUUUUUAAGAAGCAACGAAAAGGUGUAAAAGGACUCGUAGUUUGAUUUGCCUCAGUGGUCUAAAAAUGGCUUCCUUAUUUAAGAAGAAGACGGUAGAUGACAUCAUCAAAGAUCAGCAUAAGGAGCUGCUGCGCACACAGAGACAGAUCACCAGGGAUCGAGGGGCACUGGAAAGACAGGAGAAGCAAAUGGAGCUAGAAAUCAAGAAAAUGGCCAAGACUGGUAACAGGGAGGCCUGCAAAAUCCUCGCCAAGCAGCUGGUCCAACUGAGGAAGCAAAAGAACCGAACCUAUGCUGUCAGUUCUAAGGUCACGUCCAUGUCUACGCAGACCAAGGUCUUAAAUUCUCAGAUGAAGAUGGCGGGAGUUAUGUCCACAACAGCCAAAACUAUGCAGACAGUCAAUAAGAAAAUGGACCCAAGAAAGACCUUGCAGACAAUGCAGGAGUUCCAGAAAGAAAACCAGAAGAUGGAGAUGACAGAAGAAAUGAUCAAUAAUACCCUGGAUGAGAUUUUUGAUGAGUCCAGUGAUGAAGAGGAAUCUCAGGAGAUUGUGAACCAAGUGCUGGAUGAAAUUGGAAUCGAGAUCUCAGGAAAGCUGGCAAGAGCUCCCUCUGCUGGGCACAGCGUUCCACUUCCCUCUACUUCCAAUGUACUUUCAGAUGAGGAUAUCGAGAGGCAGCUGAAGACCCUUGGAAUGGACUAAUUAACGUCACAUGCCCAAGUCACUUCUUGGUGACUAAGUGUGGAGUGUAAAAUCUAAUUGAUUGUUUUUGCUUCAGGGACCUAAUUUUUUUUAAUUUUUUAUCUUUUUUUAGGUUUCCUCAACAUAUUGACUCAUGAUAGUUAUCUAAAAACUUUCCUAACUACAUGGAAAACUACUUUUUUUUUUUUUUUUUUGCCUGUUUACUCAGGCAAAGAUGUUUGAUGCUCAGAAAAAGGGAACUGGAAUUACAGAAAUUUGGAAUGGAGUUCAUUGUACUCUGUGUAACACGUACAGAUUAACCGUGUCCAAGUGGUUCUUCCUCCAAGUGGUGGGUUAUUAUAGAGGGAGACAUGAAUCAUGUUCAAUUGGAUUUUUUUUUAUUGGAGAUCUGGAAUUCCAGUUAUGCAUUUUCAAAUUUGAAUAGUCUUAUACCAGACUGCAUGAAUACAAAAUAGGUUAGGAUUAUACUGUAGAUAUAAUUUUGGUCCAUGGGGACUGGGGUAUUUUAUUUAAUAAAAUGUCUGGGACCCUU